UCGUCUGCCGCGGGUCUUCCAUCAUUUUGGCACUCAUCACAGUCAACUCAACCCCAAUGACACUCCAUCCCUUCCCCCCUCCCCCCAAAACCAAAACAAUAUUCUCCCUUUCACACGCUUCUCCCUCUUCACCUCUUCAAAUCAGAUAGAAUAAUCUUCUUAUAAACAAGACAAGAUUGAUUAUUAGUUUGCUGCAAGUUUUGGGCACCUCCAUGGCACCAGCCACGAAAAUGGGGAGGUUCUUCUUCCUCUGCUUCUUCUUCUUCUUCCAUUUGGUGGCCUCUGAGCUUCCUGCAAACCAGACAGCCGCCAUGGACAAGCUCUAUGAGAUUCUCAAAAACAAUACCCCUCAGUCUUCUUCUCUACCAUGGGAUCUCACCAAGCACCCAAAUCCAUGUUCAUGGAAAGGGGUCGCUUGCAGCAGUGACAGCUCCUUCAUCACCCGCAUCUCCCUCCCCCUUUUCUCCAUCUCUGCCUUGGAUUUUCUUGUGGUUCUGUGCCAGAUUGAUACUCUAGAGGCUAUUGACCUUUCCAACAAUCAUUUUAGCUCUAUCCCAGACGGGUUCAUGUCUGGCUGUGGAAGGAUUAGAGGGUUGAAACGGUUGAAUUUUAGCACGAACAAAUUGUCUGGCCCUUUGCCUGCUUUCCGCGACUUUGCUGCCUUGGAGUACUUGGAUUUGUCUCAUAAUUCACUGAGUGGAGCUAUUGGUUUACAGCUUGAUGGUCUGCGUAGUCUCAAGAGUUUGAAACUUGUCUACAAUCAGUUCAAUGGUUCUGUCCCUAUCCACCUUGGAAAAUCCAUGGCUUUGCAAGACCUUGAGCUUUCUGUCAAUCUCUUUGAAGGUAAAAUCCCUGAAGAGCUUGCAAACUAUUCAAAUUUGACCGUGGUUGAUCUCAGUGCAAAUCGUCUUUCUGGAUCUAUUCCUGAUAGAUUCAGAGAGCUCUCAAAGCUGGAAACUUUGAUUCUGUCUUCCAACGAUUUUAGUGGUGGAAUCCCACAGUUCCUCUCCAGCGUUCGAACUCUGUCGCGAUUCGCGGCACAUCAGAACCAGUUUGCUGGAGGUAUUCCACCUGGGAUUACAAAGUAUCUCAGUAAUCUAGACCUUAGUUAUAAUAAGUUAAAUGGGCCAAUUCCAGAAGACCUUUUAUCCCAAUCCAAUUUGCGGGCUCUGGAUUUGUCUUAUAACUCAUUAGAGGGGUCAAUACCUGCAAAUAUGGCUCCAAGCCUGGUGAGGUUGAGAUUAGGAAACAAUCUUUUGAGUGGGAAAAUCCCAUCUUCACCAUUUCAAAGCCUUCAAAACUUGACUUACUUGGAGUUGGAGAGCAAUUCUUUGAAUGGGUCAAUACCUUCUGAAUUGGGUUUCUGCAAGAGUUUGGCACUGUUGAAUCUCGCUGAGAACAAACUCACUGGUGUUUUGCCGAUAGAGUUGGGUAAUCUCCAAAAUCUCAAGGAAUUGAAGCUUCAGCUCAACCAUUUGUCUGGGGAAAUUCCCGAUCAGUUUACACGAUUACAAGGACUGCAGAAACUGAAUACCAGCUGGAAUUCAUUCAGUGGUUUAAUACCUCAUUCAAUUUCAAGGUUGCACAAUCUUAUUAACUUGGACUUGAGAGAGAACAAUCUCCGUGGUUCGAUACCUGAUUCCAUUCAGCAAUUGAGUUCUCUGAUAGAACUCCAACUAGGGAAGAAUGCACUCAAUGGGACGAUCGGGGAGAUGCCACAGAAUUUGCAAAUCGCUUUAAAUUUGAGCCACAAUCAGUUUGAAGGACCUAUUCCAGAAGCGCUGUCAAAAUUGAGUAUAUUAGAAGUGUUGGAUCUUUCCAACAACAGGUUUUUCGGUAAAAUUCCGUCAUCUCUGGCUGUAAUGGGAAGCUUGACCGAAGUGGUGCUUUCAAACAACCAGCUAACUGGGGAGAUUCCUAAAUUUCCUUCACGUGUUGAUGUCGAAGUGAGUGGAAAUAAGGGCCUCAGGAAUACAACAAAAUCAAACUCUCCCACAGCAUCUCAAAAGAAGAGAAACAAAGUUCUUAUAGGAGUAGGUGUCGCAGUUGCUGCUGCUGUCCUGGCUGUUGGGAUAGCAGUGAUGAUUGCUGUCUCGAUUUCCAAGCGGGAAGACUUACCUCAGCCUCAAGUCAUGCAGGGCAAUCUGCUUACUGCCAAUGGAAUUCACAGAUCUAAAAUUGACUUCACCAAAGGCAUAGAAGCAGUGACGCUACCAUCAAACAUCAUUCUGAAAACAAAGUUCUCGACCUACUACAAAGCCGUCAUGCCUUCUGGGACAAGCUAUUUUGUCAAGAAGCUCAACUGGAUCAACUGGAAUGACAAAAUUUUCCCAUUGGGCAACCGUGAGAAACUUGAGGAAGAGAUAAAAGCCAUAGGGAAGUUGAGCAAUUCCAAUGUCAUGACUCCUCUGGCCUACCUCUUAACUGUUGACAGUGUUUAUCUCUUCUAUGAAUUUGCACAGAAGGGUACGCUCUUUGAUGUCCUGCAUGGUAGCUUGGAAGAUCCUCUGGACUGGGCGAGUCGAUACAGUAUAGCAAUUGGAGUAGCUCAAGGUUUGGCAUUUCUCCAUGGAUGCACCUCCAGUCCAGUUCUCCUCCUCGACCUAUCGAGCAGAAGUAUUCUGUUGAAGUCCCUAAAGGAGCCUCAGGUUGGAGAUAUCGAGCUUUGUAAGGUGAUCAAUCCUAUGAACAGCACAAGCAGAUUUUCUGCAGUCGCUGGUUCUGUUGGCUAUAUUCCUCCAGAAUAUGCCUACACAAUGAGGGUGACAAUGGCCGGGAACGUGUAUAGCUUCGGAGUAGUUCUGCUGGAAUUGCUAACUGGAAAACCUGCAGUUAGCCAGGGAAUUGAGUUAGCCAAGUGGGUGCUUACCAAUUCUGCAGAUGGAGAAAAACCGGAUAAAAUUCUUGAUUCCAGUGUAAAGAGAACAUCCCAGGCGGUUAGGAACCAGAUGCUUGCAGUUCUGAAGGUUGCUCUGGCUUGUGUUAGCACCUCGCCAGAUGCAAGGCCCAAGACGAAAAGCAUACUGCGAAUGCUCCUGAAUGCAAGAUAGGCAGAGACUUGUGAGACAAACACUAAUCGAGUAGCAAGCAGCGUCUUAUGCCUGAGAUCAUUCCAAGAGAGUUUUGCUUAUAUUUCAACCUGCAUGAAUGUGGCUCAUUAAGUUAUAUUCAGUUUGCAUUGUAAUAGAUAUAUACCAGUUCUUUCAAACCAUGCACAGAUAGGAUUUUAGAGAUGCUCUGUAACUCCCAGGUUUCGGUUUCUAAGCCUCUGGUUGAAGCAACAGUUCCAUA